CUGUUAUUAUCAUCCAUUUCAGAUCACAGAGCUUAGAAUUUGAGUCGAUGCUACCAGAAAAUCCUAUUGAAUAUGACAAUUUACAACCACCGAAAAAUAAAGGUAAAGCAACAAUAGUUGAGUUUCAUGUCACUGUUUUAAGUUUGGAUUCAAUCGAUGAAGGAUCUAUGACAUAUGUUGCCGAUAUUUUCAUGUCACAGAGUUGGAAAGAUCAGAGGUUGAAGUUACCUGAGAAUAUGACCAUGAAAUACCGUUUGCUGCCUGUUAAUUGGCUGAAAAAGAUGUGGAGGCCAGAUUCUUUUUUUAAAAAUGCAAAGAGGGUCACAUUCCAAGAAAUGACGAUACCGAAUCACUACAUAUGGCUAUACAGUGACAAGAAAAUUCUCUAUAUGGUGAAGUUAACUCUCUUAUUGUCGUGUGCCAUGAAGUUUGAAGCGUAUCCCCAUGAUACUCAGAUAUGCACCAUGAAGAUCGAAAGUUUGUCGUAUACUACUGAUGAUCUUAUAUUCGCUUGGGAAGAAGAGGUGCCACUUGUUGUCGAUGAUUCUAUAGAAUUGCCACAACAUAAUCUAGUUGACACAACACUUGGUGACUGCACGAAAGUCUAUUCAACAGGCAACUUCACGUGCAUCGAAGUGGUUUUUACUUUAAAACGUCGCUUGGGCUACUACAUGUUCCAUACUUACAUCCCAACAUGCCUCAUCGUAAUAAUGUCCUGGAUUUCAUUCUGGAUCAAACCUGAAGCAGUCCCCGCCCGCGUCACCCUCUGCGUCACGUCACUGCUUACCCUGUCAACACAGCAUGCGCAGUCGCAGAAAUCCUUACCCCCUGUGUCUUACAUAAAGGCCAUUGAUAUAUUUAUGUCUUCCUGCACCGUCUUUGUAUUUGCUUCUCUGAUGGAGUAUGCAUUUGUAAACAUCCUACUUGGAGAAGGAGCUGAAGAAGACGAUGAAAGAAGGCCACUCUAUCCCAGAAAAAAUUCAGUGCCCAAUAACACCAGGAGCGUAGUAGUAGCACCAAAAGUACAGGAAGGAAGCACUUCAGCUACUCUACCAAACGGGACAAAGCCAAAACCGACAACUAAUUUUUAUCGCCACAACAAACAUCGAGCAAGAGCUAUUCUUGUCGACAAAGUAUCGAGAGUUGUUUUCCCUCUAUCAUUUAUCAUUCUAAACACUGCAUAUUGGACGGUAUAUUUAGAUAAUAGCAACACUAUAGAACAACGCCAGUGAUGUAAAUAAUUAUUAUUCGACAUUCCAUAAUUGCAUUUUUCUCCACUACUUAAACUUUCCUGUUUCAAUAAGUGCUACAAAUAAUCUAUACUUGAUACUUCAAUUGGACAAAAUAUAUCCUAAUAUAUAUAUAUUUAAAAACAUGGCUUUGAAACCAUGAAGCUUAUUUCAUAAUUAAAAUUUAGUUAAAAAUGUUAUUCAUAUUAAAACUUGAUUUGAUUUUAGGUUACAUGUGAAAACUGCAAUAUCAUGUAAUCUAUUUAUUACUAAGUCUGUCAAAAGUAGUAAGAAUCUAGUUACAGCAAUAAUAGGUUAAAAAAAUUUUAACUCAUGAAAUCUUAUAUAAAAUGAAUGUAAUGAGCUGUUCAGUGAGAGUUGUGUAAAUACAUGCUCAUAAAAAUUGUUUACGCUUACA